UUGUGAGGAUACACUAUACAGGGUGUAAGACUGUACUGAACUAGAGAUUGCGAAGACCAACAUUACAUGCAUCUUGAUAUACAUAAUAAUAAUAAUAAAUUCAAGCGUCAUGUGAUGAUUGAAAGAAACAAAAAAAAAGGGCUCAAAGCCAACCUCCGUUGAGCUUUAGGUUCUUGGAAUUCAGAGUUUGUCUGCUGAGGGUGGAUGGAUACAUGUUGAGUAAAGGCCAAAAAAAAGUGACUCAUUUUUUACUAUCUUGCCCUUGGGAGUUGGUUUCAAAUUUUUACUCUUCAAGCACUAUAUAAUGGGAUGCACUUAAGUCACCUAUUUCAUGCAUUCAGUAUAAACAGCUGCUAUACCUCUGCAUAUACACCUAAUCACUGUAAAAACACCCCCACCCACACACACAAACUUUAACUAUGGAAAUUGUCUCCAGCAAUGGACAUUACAGUUGGGCCGAAGAAGUGAAGGAAUUCGACCAAACCAAAGCCGGCGUGAAGGGACUUGUAGAUGCCGGCGUGAUGAAGAUCCCCAGAUUCUUCGUCCACCCACCUGAGAGUCUUCACUGUCCAUUGCCAACCGAUAACACGAGCACCAUUGAACUCGAGUUCCCCACGAUAGACCUACGAGGCAUUGAGUGUGGCGGUGCUCGGAGAAAGGAGGCUGUGGAUGGAAUUCGACAGGCAGCCUCCACGUGGGGUUUCUUUCGGAUGGUGAAUCAUGGAGUGCCAAUGAGCAUGAUGGAGGCCAUUUUAGAAGGUGUCCAGCGCUUCCACGAGCAACCGGUGGAGAUGAAGAGGGACUUGUAUUCCUCCGAUAGUAGCAAGAGAGUGAGGUUCAAUAGCAAUGUUGCUCAACGUGAACUUGAUGCUGCAUGUUGGAGGGAUCUGUUAACUUGUGUUUUUCAAGAUGAUACAUUGGACCCUGAAGCUAUUCCUCUGGUUUGCAGAAAAGAAGUACAGGAUUAUGUGAAUUGCAUGAUCAAACUGAGGGAGACAAUGGCCGAGUUACUAUCAGAGGCUUUAGGGCUAAGCAGUGACUACCUUUCACGCUUAGAAUGCAUGAAAGGUGAAUCAUUGGCAUGCCUUUAUUAUCCAAUUUGUCCAGAGCCAGACUUGACCUUGGGCACCGCCAAACAUUCAGACACCACUUUCCUAACUCUACUCCUGCAAGACAACACCGGUGGUCUACAAGUUUUUCAUCAAAAUCAAUGGAUUGAUGUGGCUCCUGUCCCUGGAGCUAUAAUAGCAAACAUUGGAGAUCUCAUGCAGAUUAUUAGCAAUGACAAGUUCAAAAGUGUGGAGCAUAGGGUGUUGGCUCAACCAGUGGGACCAAGGGUAUCAGUGGCAUGUUUCUUCAUUCCAAGUGGUAGGGCUGCAUCUAAGCCUUUCGGACCCAUAAAGGAGCUUCUAUCCGAAGAACAACCACCUUUAUACAGAGAGUUACUUUGCAGUGAAUACUAUCAAUAUUACAAGACCAAGGGAACAAAUGUUACCUCAGCCCUCCCUCGUUAUAAGCUAUGACAAUUUAAUCGUUGCUAGUAAUUGCAGAAAUAAUAUGGGUUAAUUAAAUAGUGCUGCUUAGUUUCCAGAUGAACAAUAAUAAUUAAUAAUGCUUGAAAGUCAUUAUAAAUGACCUGUAAUAGUAGUACUGCUCAUUUUGACACUGUUUGUGGAAGUGUUUUUUUUAAAUUUAUUUAUCUGAAGUUGUAAUAGUAGUAUUGCUCAUUUUGAUAUGUAUGUAAUAGUAGUACUUCUCGUUAUA